UGUAAACAUAAUUCUUUAGAAGAAUGAGUGUUAAGGAAGAGAAAGAAGGGAUGGGAGAUGAAGAAAGUGGAAGUAAAAAAGAUGGGCGAAGUGAAAUACCUUACAAGGUUAAAGCCGGGGCGUUUCUAACCACGGCUGCAGGAAUAGGAAUGCUGGCCGGGUUCGGAACAGCAAUGGCCUCUGCUAAAAAACAAGACCCUCGUCAUUUUGAUGCUGGUAUGAUUGGCAUUGAUCCUGAUAGUCUUUCCAAAGCUCAGUCCGCUCAAGCAAAAGCUAGAUAUUUACAAGAAUCCGGCGCUAGUUUGGCAACAAGAGCUUUGGGCUACGGAACUCUGUAUGCCUUUGCAGGCUGUGGACUUUUAUUUUUUUCUGUUUGGAAGAUGAUGGGGGUGAAUAAUCUGACGGAAUUUAGAGAUAAGGUUGGAGGAAUUCUGCCUAGAAUAAGGAGAAAUGAUCCACCCCAGUCCCGAACCGAAUUCACCGGAUUAAAUGAUCUCAUGCAGUACUUGAUAGACAAGGACAAGGAGGAGAAAGAGAUCAAGAAAGCUCAGCGUUAGUUCAACUUGUCACGGUGGUGUGGAGCCAGUUUCACCGGAAUUCUAGAAAAUCCCCCAAAAAUAUAAAUUGUUUUGUUUUAACAAAGUGUUGAGGAACAAUUUAAUUAUUGGAGCGUAAUGUCAAGUGGUUCUCUGUUUAACAAGCGGCAAGUUUGAUUCACAACGCACCCUUUAUACCUUUUUCUAAGUAACCAUAAGGAAGUGUCGAAUUCGGCCAUUUCUUCAUUGUCUCAGCAGUUCAAUUCCGCAAGUCACUUUAAUAGAGAACCCGAAAUUCAAACUAAGGAGCAUCUCUUGAAAUUUGCCGACCUUAAAAGAUAAAAUAAUAAAAGUUUUUACUUGAUUAUCUUCUCCAUAUCACCAUCUGCUAUUCAUACUGUUAAGAUACCUUCUAAUCAAUCAGUUUAUUUAUAUGAAAAUUUACAAGUCAUAGUUUGUUGCUAGUUAGUUAGUUUAUCUAAAUAUUUCAGA